UUGGCCUCCCAAAGUGCUGGGAGUAUAGGUAUGAACCACCAUGCCCGGCCUCAUGUGACUAGUCCUACAGAGGCCCUCGAUGGCCUGGAAUGAUUGAUUCCAGGACCCCGUCUUCUCAUCCCAAAGCACCAAACCCUACUGACAAGGAAAGGACCCCCAUUUCAGAACUUCCAUGGCCACCACCCAACCCUGGGAUUGGCAACUUUGCAACCUGGGCUUCCCCAAUAAUCAGAUUUACGAUUGAAGUAAAGCCCUUGGUCAAGUUCACCAGUAGGGAGCUCAGCUUGAAGAGGAUGCCGUCCCGAAAACAGACAGGGGUCUUUGGAGUCAAGAUUGCAGUGGUCACCAAGAGAGAGAGGUCCAAGGUGCCCUACAUCGUGUGCCAGUGUAUGGAGGAGAUCGAGCACCGCGGCACGGAGGAGGUGGGCAUCUAUCGCGUAUCCAGAGUUGCCACGGACAUCCAGGCACUGAAGGCAGCUUUCGGCGUCAAUAACAAGGAUGUGUCGGUGAUGACGAGCAAGAUGGACGUGAACGCCAUCACAGGCACGCCGAAGCUGUACUUCUGUGAGCUGCUGGAGCCCCUCUUCACUGACGAGUUCUACCCCAACUUCACGGAGGGCAUCGCUCUUUCAGACCCGGUUGCAAAGGAGAGCUGCAUGCUCAACCUGCUGCUGUCGCUGCCGGAGGCCAACCUGCUCCCCUUCCUUUUCCUUCCGGACCACCUGAAAAGGGUGGCAGAGAAGGAGGCAGUCAAUAAGAUGUCCCUGUGCAACCUCGCCACUGUCUUUGGCCCCACGCUGCUCCGGCCAUCAGAGAAGGAGAGCAAGCUCCCUGCCAACCCCAGCCAGCCCAUCACCAUGACUGACAGCUGGUCCUUGGAGGUCAUGUCCCAGAGUGUUGGGGCUGUGUUCAGCUGA